GGAGACCCCGCCCAGCCAGUGCCUGGAAUUCCUCCAUCAGCGCUUUAUUCCGCGGUCCUGCGCUGUCCUGGGUUAACCUGAAAGUAAUCCCUGAGAUUCCUCUUUCUGGCUUUCGGGGAGCCAGGGACACACCGGAGACCGGAUUCUCAGCUCUGCAGGAGCAGGCCUGGGCCGGAAAAGCCCAGAGGGCAGAGAGAGCUGUGCUGGGGAUUCCAGAAAGGCGUCCGGUCGGAGGGAACCUUGGAGCUAGGGUCUGAGGAGGAGUUUGUCAAAUGAAGAAGGGUAUCCGAGGAGGAGGGAACGGCGGGAGCGAAAGCUGGGGGAGGGGCGAGAAACUUGGAGAGUUCUGAGAACACAUGUAGGAAUCUUCCCAGAGAUUUGGACUAGACUUUAUCAGGGCCAGGGCGUGAGUUCCCCGGACCCCUUCCGUCUGCGCCCCUGAGAUCUCUUGCGUCGCCUAAAGCUUUGGAGUGGCCCGAUGGAAAAUACGGGACUCGAACCCUCGUCUCGGUGUAAUUCCCACGGCCCUGGCCAUGCGUGGUUCUUCCUCCCACCCUUCAUUUCCGGUGUCUCGGAUUCUCACUGUUCUAGGAUCCUAAAAAUUCGGUCUAAGGUUGCCGGGGGAACGCCAUUUCGCGGCACCCCUGCGUGCAGCCCCUCCCCGCCUCUUGCCCUGUCACCAGCCAAUAGAAACGAAGAUCUUCAGUGAGUGGGCAGUACGUCUUCGAAGGGGCCCAAUGAUGAUCGGGAAUCGUUGAGCAUUUUACCAGUCACGCCGCGGAGUAGGCGGGGCCUCCUGUCAGGACUAGAAGUCACCCAGGCUGAGAGGGUAGGCGGAUCGCCGGUUGUGAAUCCAUGUGGCGGGGGUUGUGGACCCUGGUAGCCCGGGCCGCACGUGGGCCUCGCAGGUGGGGCGAUAAGGGAAAGGGGUGUGACAGCGUGGGGUGCUGCUUGGGCUCAAACCCUCUCCCUGGGAUCUGAGGACCCAGUUCCCUGCGGCGAACCACCUUUCGCAUUUUUCCAAGCUCCAAUCCGUUCAUCCCCCUGCCGCAGAGCCCACAUCUGGGUCGCGCAUUGGCCUCAGAGUCACACUUUGAUAUCAGCCCCCUCAGCUUCACAAUAUAUAUCCAUGCCCCUGCCGCAGAGCCCACAUCUGAGUCAAUUCUUGCUCUCAGAGACCUCAAUCGGGUCUGGCCUCAGACGCUCCAAUCUGCCCAUCCUCCAGCCGCAGACCCUCCACCUGGGGCAUCUCCCGACCGUCGAGCCCUCUAUCCACCUGCCACUCUGCCACAAGAGCCUCCCAGAUGCACUGAUUCUCCUCCUCUCCAGUCCCAGACCGUGCACGCGCCAGGGCAGCGGCGUCUCGGUCCCCGGUUCCGGGGCCACUAUCUUCGCGCUGAGUUCCGGCCACGGCCGCUGCGGCAUCGCGGUGAUCCGAACCAGCGGCCCCGCCAGCGGCCACGCCCUCCGGAGCCUCACGGCGCCCCGGGACUUGCCCCCGGCUCGCAGCGCCUGCCUGCGCCUGCUCAGCCACCCCCGUUCCGGGGAGCCGUUGGAUCGCGCGCUGGUGCUCUGGUUCCCAGGUCCCCAAAGUUUCACGGGUGAGGACUGCGCCGAGUUCCACGUGCAUGGAGGCCCGGCGGUGGUGAGUGGCGUCCUGCAGGCCCUGGGUAGCGUGCCAGGGCUGCGGCCAGCGGAGGCCGGUGAGUUCACCAGACGGGCAUUCGCCCACGGGAAGCUGAGCCUGACCGAGGUGGAGGGGCUGGCGGAUCUAAUUCAUGCGGAAACCGAGGCGCAGCGGCGGCAGGCGCUGAGACAGCUGGACGGAGAACUGGGCCACCUCUGUCACGGCUGGGCCAGGACCCUCACUAAGGCAAGCCCGCUAUGCGUCCAUUUCCGGCCCGACCUGCCCAACCUGUGUGUGAGAGCUUCCUCAUUGCAGGAGUCUCCGAUCCGGUCCCUUAGGUCAGGCUGGACCUGGGCACACUGGAGGGUGGGUUCCUGGGUGGCCACACCACUGCCCCCUCUCCCCCCACCCCAGGCUCUGGCUCAUGUGGAGGCCUAUAUCGACUUUGGUGAGGAUGACAACCUGGAGGAGGGCGUCCUGGAGCAAGCUAACAGCGAAGUGCGGGAGCUGCAGCUGGCACUGGGCGCACAUCUUCGAGAUGCCAGGCGCGGGCAGAGGCUUCGCUCAGGGGCGCACGUAGUGGUCGCAGGACCCCCCAACGCUGGCAAGAGCAGCCUGGUGAACCUACUCAGCCGGAAGCCUGUGUCCAUAGUGUCUCCGGAACCCGGGACCACCCGCGACGUGCUGGAGACCCCCGUGGACCUGGCUGGGUUCCCGGCGCUGCUGAGCGACACGGCGGGGUUGCGGGAGGGCGCUGGGCCCGUGGAGCAGGAGGGCGUGCGGCGCGCCCGGGAGAGGCUUGAGCAGGCUGACCUCAUUCUAGCCGUGCUGGAUGCUUCUGACCUGGCCUCUCCGUCCAGCUGCAACUUCCUGGACACCGUUGUCGCCCCCGCCGGAGCUGGGAGCCCCAAUGGGAACAGCCAGCGCCUCCUGCUGGUGCUGAACAAAUCGGACUUACUGCCUCCAGGCGGCCCCGACCCCAGUCCCAACCUGCGCCCGCACCUGCUGCUGUCCUGCUUGACCGGAGAGGGGCUGGAUGGCCUCCUGGAGGCGCUGAGGAAGGAGCUGGCCGAAGUGUGUGGGGACCCGUCCACAGGCCCACCGCUCCUGACGCGUGCAAGACACCAGCAUCACCUACAGGGCUGCCUGGACGCUCUUGGCCACUACACGCAGACUAAGGACCUGGCCCUGGCUGCUGAGGCUCUGCGACUCGCCCGGGGGCACCUGGCCCGCAUCACCGGCGGAGGGGGCACUGAGGAGAUCCUGGAUAUCAUCUUCCGGGACUUCUGCGUGGGCAAGUGAGGGGACCCCUGGAGCUCUCAGCCAGGCAGAGUGGAUGCCCAGAAGCCUUGAAGCAUGUGGGAAUCGCUUAGGCCAAGUGAGAAUCUCCAUCCCUGGGGGAAGAACCUGACUUCCAGAACAAUGAAGCAAAGCCGCUGCCUUCAGAGGUGGUGAGCUCGCUGUGGCUGGCAGUGACCAAGCUACGGCCAGCCAGAUUCCCUUGCAGGGACAUGCCAGGGGUUCAAGCCGCUCUGGAGUGGAACCACUUUGGGUGCCUGAUGCUAGAGGAGCAGGGGUGGAAGGCUGGGAUGGAGGUGGGAGGGCCUCAGAGUUCUUUGCUUUGUGGUUUUUAAUUUAUUUUGCAAAUACCAAAGGAAUAUAAAAAAUUCAGGUGAUUCGGUAAUGCUUAAACACGGAAGACUCCGUCCCCCCACAUCCCUUGGGGUCACAGCUUAACUUGUGUCCUCCCAAAAUUUCUCUGCUCUUUUGCAUACUUGUGGAUACACCCAUAAAAUAUACGUUUUGUAUUUUGUACAGACAGUAUGUGUUUAUUGUU